UUAUGGUCAUAUCCGUUAGCUCCGAUAAUUACAUUUUAAAAAUUAAAGGUGAAGUAAUUGAGAAAGUGAGAAUCAUUAAAUAUCUAGGUAUAUAUAUCGAUGAUAAGUUAAAAUUUGAGGAACAUAUUGACUACACAGUAGCAAAAAUUGGUAAAAAAAUUGGUCUCAUGAAAAGAUCAUCAAGCGACACACAAAUAGAUAAGCUUCAAAAAAUGCAAAAUAGGGCUAUGCGAUUUAUCUUGAACAAGCGGUGCGACACACCCAUACAGGAAAUGAUCGCAGAAUUAAACUGGCUGAGCGUGAAACAGCAAAUUUUCUAUCACGCUAUGAAAUUCGUGUUUAACAUAAAACAAGGGGAAAUAAUAGUUUCAGGCUGCCGCUGUAUAAAACGGAAAUAGAUAAGAAGAAUAUCUUUUAUAAGGGAUUAAAAUGUUAUAAUGAACUUCCAGCUCAAAUACAAAAUUGCGAAAACGUUGGUACCUUCAAAAGGCUGCUACUUGAUCACUGUAGAACAUUGGAUAUCAGAUAGAAAGGUCCGGCAUGGAAACUAGUCCUUUCCAUCCGU